AUGGCUGACGAAGGCCACGCCAAAGUUGCGGUGAUGAUGAGCCACCACAACGAUUUCGCUAUUUUCAGAAAGUUCAGCAAACUCAACUACCAAAACCUUCUCUAUCUCCAAGCAGAAUUGACGCACCUGGAGGCAAAUCUGAAGAAGGUAGCCGAUCGGGAUGGAGGGGAUCCAAACAGGGAACUCUAUUCCAAAGAUUGGUGGUUCUUGGCCCAAAACGAGGCGGAGCAUGACAGUAGGGAGCAGUGGCAGAAAUUCCUGCAAAUUCGCAAAAAGUUGAAAGAAUACAAUGACCAUUUAGCCCAAGUGGUAUUCCUCACAUCUCUCAAACCCCCAACCGCCUACGACCAAGCCUAUUUAUCCGAGUGGCUAAAGCGUCCGAAAAUGGGAGACUUUCCUCUUCGCGGUCUCGACAGAAACAUUUGGUCCCCCGACUCCACUGAUCUCCUCGCUAUUCGUCGCCGUACUUCGUCCUCUCCAUUUACACGCUGGUUAACGAAUACUAUAAUCCCUUACCUACACCAUCACCUUUUCUACCAUUUCAAAACACCCGUGGCUGACGAUCCCGAGUCGGGAAUCUGUCGGUACGAAGAAAAGAAGAUAGAGCGGACAGUGGACAUUCUCGUAACAGUGCUGGCUUCAUUGAUACCAAUAGCAAGCAUCCUGAUCCUGUACUUCGUGGCGAACACACUGCAUCGAUUGGCGAUUACGGUAGCUUUUACAGGCAUGUUUGCCUUCUGUCUUGCUGUGACCACAAGGGCAAGGAGAGUGGAGGUCUUUGCGGCAACUUCAGCGUUUGCCGCCGUUCUGGUUGUUUUUGUGACUGGCAAUAAUGCUGCUAUUGCUUGA